GAGAAAAAUAAGCAAAGGAAAAAAUGAAAUAUAUAGAGUAAGGCAGUAAGCUAAAAAUAAAAAAUGAAAAGAGAGGAAGAGAGAGAGAGGGAGUCAUGAAUGAGUAGGGCUUUUGCUUUGUGUUGUUUUGGUGUCAAAUUGACACUCUCUCCCAUACUAUUGCCUUCCACCACCACUACUACUGCUACCCACCAAAAUCACCAAUAAAAGGGGCAGAGUGGCUGUGAGGAGCAGUCCUCUUGGGCUAUUGAAUCUCUGCCCUCAGCUCAAAAUCUCCCCAUCCUUUUAUUGUUUCCCCUUUUAAUUCUUCUUCUUCUUCUUCCUAUCUAUCUUUCUGCUUCUAUCGCACAAACCCAAAAGGAAAAUACUAUCUUCUUCGUGUGCGGCUGUCAGCGAUGGGCGAGAGGAUACCACCGGGGAGUUUCUUUCAAUACCCGCCAUCUGGGAUUCAUCACGCUUCUCCUCAUAGAGCCACUUCGUUUCCUUCAGAUCGUGAGAGAUACUUGGCUGAAUUACUGGCGGAGAGGGAAAAGCUGGGGCCAUUUAUACAAGUACUUCCAUAUUGCAGCAGGCUCCUUAAUCAAGGGGUUCUUGUUGAAUGCUUAUCUGCUUCUCUUGUACACUAACAUAACUGCAGAGAUCAGGCGAGUAUCAAGUUUCAGUCAGGGUUUUGGAGAGCAUGAAAGAUAUGAGCACGAUAGUCCAUUUAGGUCAUUAGGUCAACAUCCUAAUGGAAGGACAAUGGAUUUGGAAGCUUGGUCUGCCAUGCAAACAGAGGUAGUGAAAUUCUACAGUUUCGUAUGUGCAGUGUAUGCUCCUGUUACUGAAUGGAAAUUCACACGGUUUCUAAUACAUAUUUUCCUGCAGGAAAAUGGGCAUCUGCAGAAAAUGGCUUCAUUACAAGCUGCUUCAAUUGGUUGGCCUGCAGUGCCAGGAAUUCCUACAACUCCUGUUGUAAAGAGAGUUAUUAGACUUGAUGUUCCAGUUGACAAAUAUCCCGAUUUCAAUUUUGUUGGUCGAAUACUGGGACCUCGGGGGAACUCCUUGAAAAGAGUUGAAGCCUUGACAGAAUGCAGGGUGUAUAUAAGAGGCAAGGGGUCAGUAAAAGAUUCUCUCAAGGAAGAGAAAUUGAAAGAUAAACCAGGGUAUGAGCACCUGAAUGAGCCACUUCAUGUCUUGGUGGAGGCUGAAUUUCCAGAGAACAUUAUAAAUGCUCGUUUGGAUCAUGCUGUGACCAUACUGGAAAGCCUUCUGAGGCCCGUGGAUGAAUCUUUAGAUCACUACAAAAAGCAGCAACUGAGGGAGCUGGCAAUGCUGAAUGGUACACUAAGGGAGGAGAGCCCUAGCAUGAGUCCUAGUAUGAGCCCAAGCAUGUCUCCUUUCAACUCUGCAGGGAUGAAACGUGCCAAGACUGGAAGAUAAUACUGAUGAAUCUAUGAUAAGCUGUUGAUGAAUGCGACUUCUUUGAGAAUGAUGAUAUACCAGGUUCAAGAAACUUGGGCUGACGAAGAACCUUGGAACUGCUGGCUGGAGUGUGUCUUGAGAAAUGGUUUGGAAACAAGUUUGAAACUACUCCCCUCCUAUGUGUUUUUGGGCAUAUGCUGAUGAUGAUCCGAGAGAUGGUUUGCCAAAAAGGAUAUUUGGGCUGAGGUUCUAUAUGGCUUCUUAGUUUUGCAUUACUAGUUUUGUUUAAUAUACGUUUUCACCCACCAUCCACCCUUUUUAUCUUAUAGCGCCAUUACUAUUCUUCUUCCCAUGUAUUAUUUCUUUGAACAUUGAAACGUAAUAAUCUGAUUGGUUGAAGCUGACUUGUAUUUUGAUCAAGGUAUCUAGUGGUCCUUAACAGUCAGCCAUGUAAAACUUCGAUCUGUCGAAGUUGUUUCAAUAAUUCUUAGCAUAUGCAGUGUGCAUCAUGACCUUAUGAAUAUGCACAAGUUUUAGUGCCUACGUACUAUUUUCUUAGUGAUGUGAUUGUGAAGGAUUUGAAGCUUGGUUGCUGUUUAACAAGUUUGAGUGUUC